AGCUUACUGUUCAUAUCAAUAUGGCUUCUGUCACUCACACAAAGGCAAAUGAUAUUUUGCUGUGAGCUGCGGGUUUGAUGAUUGAAGAGGAGGGGAGAAAGAGAGAGAGAGAGAGAGAGAGAGAGAGAGAGAGAGAGAGAGAGAGAGAGAGAGAGAGACGGACAUGUCGCGCUGUGUUUGGUGACAGAGGGACUUUUACGACGCGUUUUGUUCCGGGACCAAAAUUCCUCGUAAAUAAAUUAAAUGUUAUGGUGGACGGAGGCCGAGCUGAAGAAUGUCACAUUACACCGACGAGCCUCGCUUUACCAUCGAGCAGAUCGAUCUGCUGCAGCGGCUGCGCGGGAGCGGCAUGACGAAGCAGGAGAUCCUACAUGCAUUGGACACGUUGGAGCGUCUGGAGCGCGAGCAUGUGCAGAAGUUUGGCCAACGUCACCCCCAUGCUGGAGGCACGAGAGGAGGAGGAGGAGGCGUCGGCAGCCACGGCAGCUCCAGUUCGGCAGCACCGUCCACCACCGCUCCCACAUCGCCUUCAUCUGCCUCUGUGGCCACUCAGACCGUGUUCCACGGCAGUACUCCGUCCCCGUCACCGACCAGCUACGACACGUCACCGCCCCCCACCAUCACCGUGCCCAUGGGUGUGGUGGCGCUGGCAGCUCAAAACGGCCGCGACAGCUUGGCGCCUGUCAGCAACGGGAAGCUGUCGCCUACUCAGUAUCCCGUACCUGCUCGGGCCUUCGGCUUUGAGCCUGCUGAGGAGGAAGUGGACAUCGAUGACCGCGUGGAGGAGCUCAUGAGAAAGGACAGUAAUAUAAUUAAAGAGGAGAUCAAAGCCUUCUUAGGGAGCCGGAGAAUUUCACAAGCCGUCGUCGCUCAAGUCACAGGCAUCAGUCAGAGUCGGAUCUCCCACUGGCUCCUGCAGCAGGGUUCUGAUCUGAGCGAGCAGAAGAAGAGAGCCUUCUAUCGCUGGUACCAGUUGGAGAAGACCACACCCGGUGCCACUCUGGCUAUGAGACCCGCCCCCAUGGCACUGGAGGACAUCGUAGAGUGGCACCAGAGCGCUCCGCCAAUCAACUGCAGCCCCGGGAGCUUCCGCCUGCGCCGUGGCAGCCGCUUCACCUGGAGGAAAGAGUGUCUCGCUGUCAUGGAGAGUUACUUUAAUGACAACCAGUAUCCUGACGAGGCCAAGAGGGAGGAAAUCGCCAACGCCUGCAACGCUGUGAUACAGAAGCCAGGGAAGAAGCUGUCUGAUCUAGAGCGGGUCACGUCUCUAAAAGUGUACAACUGGUUUGCGAACCGGCGAAAGGAGAUUAAGAGAAGAGCCAAUAUAGAAGCAGCAAUCCUGGAGACUCAUGGGCUUGAGGUGCAGAGUCCAGGUGGUCACUCCAACAGCGAUGAGAUCGACGGCAACGACUUCAGCGAGCCUGGCGCUGAGCCGGGGUUAGGGACGGACGAGAGCCCGGGAGCGAGCGAGCACCAGGACCCCAUCAGCCUUGCGGUGGAGAUGGCGGCAGUCAAUCACUCCAUCCUGGCGCUGUCACAGCAGGGCAGGGGCGGCAGCGACGUCAAGGCCGAGGUGCUCGAUGAAGACUGAGGACUAUUUACACACACACACACACACACACACACACACACAGCAUCGCAUUUACACACUGUAUCUGCCAAAGGAGGAGACGGCUCUGGGACGAGGAGUUGGGGAGCCACGUGAUGCUAGUUUUACGACUAUUUAAAGCAUAUGUUCAAAAUUUAAUAUAAUAUUUAUAGGAAAAUUAAGCAUUUCAUUAAUUCUGUUAAUACGUACACGUUGUUUAAUCCUCCUUCCUGUGGAAGCCUUGUGGGAAACUAACACACACAUGCAUGCUAGUUACACUAGUUCAAUUCCUCAGGCCUUUGUAAACAAACAAAGCCUUUUUAUUAUGGAAAAGUUAAAAAAUCCGUGUCGGCUUUCCUUCUACAGCCUUUACUGUAAUAUUUAAAUAGGUUCUGUGUUGUAGAAACGAGCUAUUUGUCAAAUUUGGCCAUAAAAAUCCCAAAAAGCGAAAAAGCCGUUUAUUAUUUCCAGCGCCCUCUGCUGCCUGCAAACUAAAUUACAGUCGCUGUGACAUAUUUCCUAUUUGCCCAGCACUGACUCCACCCCCUUUAUCCAAACCUUUUAGGGUUAAAGGAAUGCUGGAGGCGGAGCUGAUUUUCAGGCCAGAAAUAUUUAAACACAAGUCUGAAAAUCAGAAUGAACCAAAAUAGAUGAUUAUUACACAUAAAAAAUUUAGAAACCUCACCUUUAAGGCAAACACUAGUGUUUUAUCUAAUAUUUUAGAUGGAAAAGUAUCACUCCCCUUUUCCUUCUCUCUCUGUCUCUCUCUUUCUGUCUGUAAGUCUGUCUCUCUGUCUGUAAGUCUGUCUCUCUGUCUGUAAGUCUGUCUCUCUGUCUCUCUCUUUCUGUCUCUGUCUCUCUCUGUCUGUAAGUCUGUCUCUCUCUCUGUCUCUCUGUCUGUAAGUCUGUCUCUCUGUCUCUGUCUCUCUCUGUCUGUAAGUCUGUCUCUCUCGGUCUCUCUCUGUCUCUCUCUUUCUGUCUCUGUCUCUCUCUCUUUCUGUCUCUGUCUCUCUCUGUCUGUAAGUCUCUCUCUCUCUCUCUCUCUCUCUCUCUCUCUCUCUCUCUGUGUCUGUCUCCCUGUCUCUGUCUGUCUCUCUCUGUGUCUGUCUCCCUGUCUCUGUCUGUCUCUCUCUGUCUGUCUCUCUCUCUCUCUCUCUCUCUCUCUCUCUCUCUCUCUCUCCGUCUCCUCCUCUGUAAGUUCACUGAUCUUCAUCACCUCCAGGCUGGACACCGUGACCUCUUGUCGUCUAGCUGCCUGUAAACACGACUCUCCUCAACAGUCCUGAGAUCACAUGAGCCUUAUCAAUGAUCAUGUACUUCAUCCUCCUCUGUAUCAUCAUCAUCAUCAUCAUCAUCAUCACCACCACUCGCCCAGGGUCUGCUACACAUCUUAGGCUUCUUUAAAAGCAAUCGGACAAAUGCUGUUAACCGUACCGUGUGUAACCUCAUAGUAUUGUGGAUCAGGGUGCUGUUCGGAACUCUACAGAGAAUCGGGUGUAACACAGAGGCCCUGAUUUACAUAAGAAGUGGGCGUGGUUUUAGAGGAUGAAACUUUACGAAAGUUUUUUGCGUCCCCGAUAGUCGAAAGUUCGAUUAAAAACUACAAACUAUUAACGCAAAUUAAAAGUAUAAUCGGUUCACUAUGUACCUUUAACGUACACGUGUUCAAUAGGAAAUUUAGAUUUUAACCUGGACGAGCUCUCAGAGUGGGAGGGGCUUAAUGUCUCUUAUAUGUCAAUCAUGACGACGCUAGCCAAUCCUGGGUGUUCUCGAUGAAACACCUCCUCUAUUUAAACCGUAUCGUCAUGGAUACACUGUACAUCAUUUUAAGAAGCUUCUUAAUCGUUUUUAUGAUCCUAAUCUGGCGUAGGGUCUAAAUUUAAACCUCCUUCCGACUGACACCAAUCUAAUUUUACCUGCCGUCAGGUUGUGUUCAUUUACACACCGCUCACGGAGCGGCUUUCAGGUUUAAUACAUCACACUGUAGGUGCUAAAUUAAUCUGUUUGCAUUUCUUUGUACUUUUACAGAGAAACAACCGAACGCCAUUUGCUAUUUAGUAUAGAUCGGAAAUCGCAAUGCGGUCGAUUUUUCUUUAAUACACACGCAAAGCUUUAAGUAAAGCAGGACGUGUGACUGUAGAUGCAUCACUCAGAGCUCGAACUGAAUGAUGGUCGCAGGUGAACCUUCAGAUUGUGUACAGAAUUUAACACGCAUGCGCAGAACUAAUAACGUCGGGUUCUCGGUUUUUAUCCGUAUUACUGCCGGACGUCAGGAACGGAGUGGAUUUAAGGCAGUGAAAAGAAAACGUUUGGUUCUUGUCUGAUCGAAGGAUAGCGUGGAAACGUGAAACUGACCUCAUAGACAAAACGUUCAGUUUAAAAUGAAGUUGAAUGAACCGAAACCUUCCCAACGUUAAAGGGAAUUAACGUUAAAAUUCACGAUUCGUCUUAAAGUGUGGAAGGGAAUAAAAUGUUCAGGAGUUAGGAUUAAACGAAAGAUUUUAUUUUUCAGAAUUCUCGAUUUCAGGAAAUCAUUUCACCGUCUGUUAGUGCGGACUGUUUACUUUGGGUUGCCUGUUGAGUAAAAAGAACUCAUUUAAAAGUUUUAGUUAAUUGAGAAAGUGGCAUUCGACAAUCUUUAAUUUUCUCGAGAUCACAGCGAUGUGUUCAAGGUUUCUUUUUCGUGUGUGUGUGUGUGUGUGUGUGUUUCAUCAUCAGCACUUAAUAUUUAUUUCAUGACAUAUGAAAGCGCUUGUCAGCUCCAGUCUGACGCGGAUCUGACCUCUGAUACUAAUCCCUUUAUUCCGUCCAAACGUUUCGUGUUUAGUUCUCACACUUCUCUCUUUAGUGAUGUCAGAGAGGAACCCAAACGGUACCGGAACCACAACCACAACCCAAAUCCUGCGAUCAGGGUGAACGAGCAGGCGGACAUUUCUGUCGGACAGGAAAUCAGGAGCUUGACUGUCCUGUCGAUCUGUCCGUGUUUAAUAUGUGAAUAUAUUAAAAUCUAUAUAAAUCUAUAAAUAUUCUACGACGCAAAUACUGUUGUAUCAACUGCAGAUAGUUAAAUCCUGUAACUUCUAUUUCAGAAUUUAGUGCCUUUUUUUGGACAGUAGACUGUUCAGUAAUUAAUAUGUAGUAUAUGUUUGCUUUAUGACUUUUUUAAGACUUUUUUUUUUAAACCUGUGUUUAUUUUAGUACUGUAUCUUCUAGAGAAUAAAGUCUAAAUCAAUGACGA